CAACCGUCCCUGCCAUCCCCACGGCGUGGGGUGGGGCUUUUCGCUCCGCUGUCGUGUCGGUACUUCUAGUGCAUUUGGCGCCAGAAGAGUAGUGCCGUCAACAACAAAAGCAGCCCACAACAGCGAUAGCAAGCGACAGUUGGAGACUGACAGCUUCACCAUGUCCGCCCAGAAAAACACCUUGUUCAAGUACUUUCCCAAAUCCCCGGCAGCAUCGGCGUCUCCCGGAGCAAAGGGUGCCAGCCCGGCCGCGGGCACUCCGAAAACAUCGAGACUAGCGGACUCGCCCUCCAAGACGCCCAAGCGGGCCCUGGACAGCGCGGCGCGUGCAGGCGCUCAGGACAGCCCCAAGAGCACCAAGUCUGAAUUUUCAGUCAGCGAUCUUGUGUGGGCCAAGCUUGAUUCAUACCCUUGGUGGCCAAGUCUUGUCUGCAAUGAUCCUGACUCCGAUAAAUAUCAACGAGGUGGAAGUAUUCACGUGCAAUUUUUUGAUAAUCCUCCUACAAGAUCCUGGGUGAAAUUGAAAAUGGUGGAGAAAUACGGUGGCGGCUCUGGGAAACCAUCGCCCGUUACACAUGUUAAAGAGUGGCAGAAGGCUUGUGAAGAAGCUGACAAGGCUCUUAAGAUGAGUAUCAGUGAAAGGCAGUCACUGAUUGUAAAUUUCUCAGAACUUGAUGAAGAUAAAGAAAAUGCUACUGAGGAAGACACUUCAAUGAGUACAACUGAUGGAAAUGACUCAAAGAAAGGACUAGCCUUUCAGCUGGACAGUGAAGAUUCUGGAGAUGAGUUCAAGCCAAAGGAUGAAGAAAUGGAAAGUGCGUCUGGGUCAGAAGAAUCAGAGGAUGAUAAUGCAUCUGAAGAGGAGACAUCUGACCCUGAGGAACCAGAUACUCCAUCCCCAGUCAAAUCUAAAAAACGCAAAAGACCUUCGACAUCAUCUCAUAAUGGCAAUGCAGCCAAAAAGCCAGUUGGUGCUAUGGGUCCUCCACAAACGCCUUCAGUGAAAAAAAAAUCACUGGCUGCUUUUAGUGCAUCAAAGAAUAGUCCUGCCAGAUCUGUCAUGGAAUCUAGUGAGGCAAAUAGUAAUUCUUCAGCUGGAGAAGGAGCAAGUAACUCAUGGGCUCAUCUUAAGUAUGAGUUUUUAAAGCCUGAGAAGAUUCGUGAUGCCAACAAGCACCGUCCUGAUCAUCCUGAUUAUAACCCACGAACCCUAUCUGUCCCUGAAGACUUCAAGAAAAAUCUGACACCAGCCAUGCGUCAAUGGUGGGAAAUGAAGUCGAAGCAUUAUGACUGUGUUUUGUUCUUUAAAGUUGGCAAAUUUUAUGAACUGUACCACAUGGAUGCUGUUAUUGGGUGCACUGAGCUGGAAUUAUCUUACAUGAAAGGAGACUUUGCUCACUCUGGCUUUCCUGAAAAGGCUUAUGGACGGUUUUCUGCAUCCCUUAUUGACAAAGGGUACAAAGUAGCACGAGUUGAACAGACAGAAACACCUGAGAUGAUGAAUGAGCGUGUCAAACACUUGUCUAGACCAACAAAGUUCGACAAAGUUGUGAAGCGGGAGAUAUGUGCAGUAACUUCCCGUGGAACACGGGUUUUCAGUGCUCAGGAUGGCGAACCAGUUGAUACUGGCAGUGCUAAUUAUCUUCUUGCAAUUUGUGAAGAGGACAUAGAUUCUCAAGUUUCCUAUGGAGUCUGUUUCAUUGACACUUCUAUCGGAACGUUCCAUUUGGGUCAAUUCACUGAUGACCGACACUGUUCUCGCUUGUUAAUGUUGCUUGCCCAUCAUCCUCCUGUACAUGUGUUGUAUGAACGUAAUAAUCUUUCUGAACGAACUCAGCAAUUGCUAAACAGUCAAUUGACUGCCGUUUUAAAGGAAACACUUGCUCCUGAACUUGAAUUUUGGUCUGCUUCCAAAACUUUAACUAAAUUAGCUGAGGGAAAUUACUUUAAUGAAGAGGGGCAGUCUCAUGAGUGGCCGGAGGCUCUUAAGAUGUUUAUUAGUGAUGUUGAUUCUUUGGGGUUAUCACCUGCUGAAGAAUAUCAACUUGCUGUCAGGUCCCUAGGGGCUAUCACUUGGUACCUUUCCUGUUGUCAUCUUGAUCAGCAACUUCUGAGCAUGCAACGCUUUGAGAACUACCUUCCUGUUGAUUCAUCUAAAGGUGCUAAACUCCCUGGACUCAGUGGCCGCCAUAUGAUUUUGGAUGGAGUGACAUUGAAAAACCUUGAUGUAUUAAAAAAUAAAGCUGGUGGCCUAGAGGGGACAUUACUGAAUUCUCUGGAUCAAUGUUGCACACCUUUUGGAAGACGCUUGCUUCAUCAGUGGAUCUGUGCUCCUCUCACUUAUACCAGUGGCAUUCUUUCAAGACAAGUUGCUAUAUCAGAACUUCUCAAGAACAGUCACAUAAUGGAGGAUGCCAGAGGAUUGUUGGCACAGUUACCAGACCUUGAAAGAUUGCUGAGCAAAAUCCACGCACAAGGAAAUGCUGUCAGAAGCAAAACCCAUCCUGAUAGUCGAGCUAUCUUUUAUGAAGACGAGAUUUACUCAAAGAAAAAGAUCAUGGAUUUUAUCGGUACUUUAGAGGGAUUCAAGAAAGCCCAUAAGAUUGCUGACUUGUUUGAAGAUGGAAAGGAUAAUUUAAAAUCAGACAUGCUGCUACAAGUCACCUGCACUCAAGCAGUUGUUCCAAAUGGCACAUUCCCUGAUCUAGAAGAACCUCUUCGCUUUUUUGAGAAUGCUUUUGAUCAUGAUGAAGCUCAGAAGGAAGGUCGCAUCAUUCCAAGUACUGGGGUGGACCCAGACUAUGAUAGUGCAGUUUCUGAUUAUGAUAAUGUUAAAAAGGAAUUGGAUGCUUAUCUUAAGGCCCAGUGCUCUUACUUUGGGUGCAAGGUUGUUUAUUUUGGUUCAGACAAGAAUCGUUUUCAGCUGGAGGUACCAGAGCAUGCUGCUAAAAAAGCUGGCAACAAAUAUGAGCUUAAAUCUCAGAAGAAAGGGUUCAAGCGAUUUUGGACACCUGAGACAAAGGAUUUACUUGCUCGAAUGAUGCAAGCAGAAGAAGCCAAGACAUCUGUUCUAAAGGAUUUAAACAGAAGAAUAUUUGCCCAAUUCAGUUCUAGGUUCGAGAUUUGGAACACUGCUGUUAAAAACUUGGCAGUUUUAGAUGUGCUGCUUUCCCUUGCUGAGUAUGCACGGAAAGAAGAAGGAGAGAUUUGUGUGCCUGUAAUAGCAGAGCCCUCAAAGACUGAGAAGCCAUUUGUUUGUUUGAAAGAUGGGAGACAUCCUUGUUUGUCUGGAGAAACUCUCGACAGUUAUGUUCCUAAUGAUACUGUGAUUGGAGCCGAUGGAAUUGCAAGUGUUGUUUUAGUAACAGGCCCCAACAUGGGAGGAAAGUCUACACUGAUGCGACAAGCAGGUCUUCUCCUUAUUAUGGCUCAUAUGGGCUGUCACAUUCCUGCUCGGGAAUGUGAGUUUUCACCUGUUGAUCGCAUAUUUACUCGCCUGGGAGCCAAUGAUGACAUUAUGGCUGGUGAAAGUACAUUCUUUGUGGAGCUCAGUGAAACAUCUGCCAUUCUUCAUCAUGCCACCAAACACUCGCUUGUUCUUGUUGAUGAGUUGGGACGUGGUACAUCUACAUAUGAUGGAACUGCUAUUGCUGCUGCUGUUGUGAAAGAAUUGGCAUCUCUCAGUGCAAGAACCCUCUUCUCAACUCACUACCACACUUUGGUUGAUGAAUUCAAAAAUUCUGACCAGGUUACUCUUGGGCACAUGGCUUGUAUGGUUGAGGAUGACAAUGAAGAAGGGGGUGGAGAGGAGACUGUGACAUUCCUGUACAAAUUCUCUGCUGGAGCUUGUCCCAAAUCAUACGGGUUCAAUGCAGCUCGUUUGGCUGGUGUGCCUGCGCACAUCACGCGCGUGGGCAGGACCAAAGCGGCUCAGCUCGAAAAGGAAUGUGAGAGACGAAGAAUUUUCAGGGCGCUGUGUGGCCUAUCAGGCAAAUCAUUACCUCAAUCAGAAAUUAAGUCUUUACUCUCAGUUGUUUAGUUAUGGUACACACACUUGUGAUCAAAUAGAACUCACACAUCCAUUCUUUUGAAACUGUUACUUUCAACAUCACAAUGAUUCUAUUGUUAAUUACUGUUGUGCUGCUGAAAGUGAGAAUUUUGUUGUAGUUAAGAUAUUAGGAUCCAGUCAGUUCCCCUUGUGAUAACAGUAUUGUUCCCUUUAUUUUGCUUUUUGACUUGAUUAGGUAAUAAAUUACUUGUAAACAUUAGUUGGUUUUACUUGGUGGGCAAACUUCAUCACUGAAAUUUUUCAACUCUGUAAGUUUCUGGUCAUUAGGUUUGGACUUGUUGUAGACUUCCUUGCUCAAUAAAGUAAAUCACAAUCUUAUGUUUA